AUGGCCUCGCGGCAGCGGUCUGAUGACGACUAUGACAUGCUGCUCAAGGUGGUGCUGAUCGGUGAUUCGGGCGUGGGGAAGACCAACUGCUUGAGCAGGUUCUGCCGCGGCGAAUUCCAAGCCAGCUCCAAGCCAACAAUAGGUGUGGAGUUUGCCACAAAAGCUCUGACGAUCGAGGGAGACCUCAUCAAAUGCCAGAUUUGGGACACAGCGGGGCAGGAGCGCUACCGAGCCAUCACAAAUGCAUAUUAUCGCGGAGCUGUUGGCGCGCUGCUGGUGUAUGAUGUGACACGAGCAUCAAGUUUCGAGUCCAUCCCGCGCUGGCUGAAUGAGCUGCGGGAGCAUGCCAGCAGCGACAUGGUGGUUAUGCUGGUGGGGAAUAAGACCGACCUGGUUGACCAGCGCGACGUCAGCAUGCAGCAGGGUCAGGAGCUAGCCCAGCGCGAGGGGCUGCUGUUCAUCGAGACCUCGGCGCUGGAUGGCAGCAACGUGGAGCAGGCGUUCUCGCGGGUGGCGGCAGAGAUCCACGGCAUUGUGCGCAAGCGGCGGCUGGAGUCGCAGGCGGCAGAGGACGAGGAGCUGGCGCCCAUGCCGCGCGGCAUCAGCAUACCCAUCGCCGUGCAGCCCACGCAGCCCCAACAGCAGCAGUCGAGGUGCUGUAGCAGCUAG